AAUCGAGAGGUCAAAAGUAGAAAAAUAGGAAGGAGGAGAAGAAGAGAAAGAGAGACAGAAGAGAAGAAUAAAAGAAGAGGAAGAGGAAGUGGAUAAGUGGAGAGGAAAAAAGUGGAAGAAGAAGAAGAAGAAGAGGGAUCCGAGAAAAUCGAGAGGUCAAAAGUAGAAGAAUAGGAAGGAGGAGAAGAAGAGAAAGAGAGACAGAAGAGAAGAAGAAAAGAAGAGGAAGAGGAAGUGGAUAAGGGGAGAGGAAAAAAGUGGAAGAAGAGGAAGAGGAAGAAGAGGAGCCCAAGAGAACAUCGUCUGCAUGUUUACGUUUCAUAAGCCGCCCACAUGUUACGUCAUCACGGCGGACCAGCUGAUCGAGGCACACCCGCUUACCCCUUCCCCGAGUGCCACCAUAUAGGCCUAGGGUCGACACAGUGCCACGGGCCGCUGGGUGACCUGUGUGGCAUCCUGGCGUGCUGCUUAGGCCCAUUACCUAUUCUGUACACGUAGGGAGAGUUGUGCCCGGCGGUGGAGUAGGAAGAAGGGGUCCGUUACGUGAGGCAGGACUGAAGCUUUGGUUGAGGUGAGUGAGUGUCCCUCUGCUGGCCCUGUGACCUUUCCUGACCUGAUAAUCUGACGCGCCGUAACGAUGGCCAAGCCCCCGAGAGGAAGUGACCUUGUGUCGGUGCUGCGUGGCCUGGCACGUGUCGGGUCAGCAGUCGUGGAUGUCAGGUCACAGGAAGUCACCCGUGUGUGGGCCACCUCCUCCCUCAGACCUGCUGUGGUGGAGGGUGCCACAAAGCUGCAGGAGGCUGUGGCUGCAGCAGUACAGCAGCCAGAGACACUACAGAAAAAUGCCUCAAAAAGUGCAAGUGAAGCGCUGGCUCGUCUAUCCAUGGUGACAGAGGGCCUGAGGGCCUACAGGGGCAGCAGUGUUCAACCUGCUGAAGAAACAUUAGACAGAGUGGAGGACCCUAUGUAUGACCCCAGCGUUAAGGAACUAAACAUUGAGGAAUUCUUGAUGCAGGAAGCUUCCAGUGGCUCGGGUCUGGAUGCCCUUGAACCCAGCAGCCAGGAUCCCCUUGGAAGGGUCCAAGAGGAGGCAACCAACAUUGUUGGCAAAGCAUUAAGCACAAGAGAGGAAGUCAGUAAACGAGUGCAGGAAUUUGAACCGCUUAUAAACAUAGCAAAAGGUGAGGAAAUAGAAAUCACACAGGAGCAUCUUCAAGUUUUAAAUAAUAAAGUUUCAGAGCUUGAAGGCAUUUCACAUGGCCAGAAUAUAGUUCAAGAGGAAACAGAACCAAGUAGUGUAGAGGAAAAUAUUGUCCAAUCUGCCAGUGCCUCUGAGCCUGCAGAACAUACCAGGGAAGUGAGUGGGUCCACAGACUCCACCCAGGCACAAGGACUAAGCAUUGAAAGCAUGAUAAUGCAGGAGGCCACAAGUGGCCACCAUGACCAGAUACUUUCUGACAGUCAGAAGUAUCUCUAUGGAGAGGUUCAGGGAGCUGCAGAAGCUGUUAAGAAAGGUAUUGAUGAUACAAAAGAUGAAGUCAACCAAAGAAUGUUGGGGUUUGAACCUCUCCUGGACAUUACAAAGUCUGAGGAACAAGAAAUUACAGAGGAACAUCUUGAGGCCAUCAAUGAGAAGUUGUCUGAAAUCCAUGAUGUUUCCUUUGGACAUGACCUAAAGAUGUUCCGAGAAAUAGAAAACCCUAAACCUGUAGAGGAGGUGUUACAAGAUAUCAUAAACCAGCAAGCUCCUGUGAAACAACAGGUGACAGAGACCAUGCAGGAAACUGAAGAAAUGGAUUUAGUUGAAAGUGUACCAAAAGAGAACGCAGGACUAAGCAUUGAAAGCAUGAUAAUGCAGGAGGCCACAAGUGGCCACCAUGACCAGAUACUUUCCGAUAGCCAGAAGUAUCUGUAUGAAGAGGUUCAGGGAGCUGCAGAAGCUGUUAAGAAAGGUAUUGAUGAUACAAAAGAUGAAGUCAGCCAAAGAAUGUUGGGGUUUGAACCUCUCCUGGACAUUACAAAGUCUGAGGAACAAGAAAUUACAGAGGAACAUCUUGAGGCCAUCAAUGAGAAGUUGUCUGAAAUCCAUGAUGUUUCUUUUGGGCACGAUCUAAAGACACUCCAAGAAAUAGAAAACCCUAAACCUGUAGAGGAGGUGUCACAAGAUAUCAUAAACCAUCAAGCUCCUGUGAAAGAACAGGUGACACAGACCAUGCAGGAAACUGAAGAAAAGGAUUUAGUUGAGAGUGUACCAGAAGAUAACACCAAAGCACAGACCAAGGGUACCCAAGAGCCUACAGCCGCCAGUCUGGAGGCUGCCGCAGAGCUGGAAGAUUCCAUAUCACAAGUUGCAAAACCUGUUGUCCUUGAUGACUCAUAUAUCUCUACAGCCUCUGAGGUGAAAGUUGACAUCCAGGUAGAUCCCCCAGCAGAGGCAUCCCAAGCUGAGAGCAUCAGCAGCACACAAAUAGUGUCUGACGGAGCCUCAUCUUCCUCACCAUACACCUCCCAGAGUCCUGUUACUCCUGAUGGGACUGGAGGGGCAGUGGCUGCUGAAAUAUCCUCCAUGGUUGCAACUGCUGCUGUUGGUGCUGGUGCUUCAUUUACAGUAGCCAGUGCUCCUGCUGCUGCUACUGUUGCUGCUGCUGCUGCUGCUACUAUUACUGCUACUGCUGCUGCUGCUGCUGCACCGUCAGUUGCGACCCCCACACCCUCUGUGUCCUUUGAUGGCCCCGUCAUCGCUUCACAAGCAAAUACUGCACCUGCCAAGCCCAAGCCAAAACUGUUAGGGAAGAAACCGUUGGCCAAAGAAAAGCCCAAGUCAACGUUGUCAGAAAAUGCACAGGCCCGCAAGGUUCCUCACUCCCGUCUUGGCCGCCUGGCGACCUUCGGGGGGCUGGCGGCAGGUCUCGGGAUGGGCACGCUGGCCGAGGUGACGCGGCGCUCGCUGGGCCUCAACCAGGGCAAGGGCAGCGGCUCCCUACUUGACUCUUCACCCUUCCUGACUGAAGCCAACGCCCGGAGGAUUGUGGAUACACUGUGCAGAGUGAGAGGAGCUGCCUUGAAGCUGGGCCAGAUGCUGAGUAUCCAGGACAGCGCCAUCAUCAAUCCACAGCUGCAGAAAAUCUUUGAGCGGGUGCGCCAGUCAGCUGACUUCAUGCCCACGUGGCAACUGGAGGAGGCCAUCAAGGGCCAGCUCGGGGAGGACUGGCGCUCCACAGUCGCUACAUUCGACGAGAAGCCCUUCGCUGCGGCCUCCAUUGGGCAGGUCCACUUGGCCACGCUGCACGACGGCCGCUCGGUGGCCAUGAAGAUACAGUACCCAGGCGUGGCGGAGGGCAUCGAGAGUGAUAUCAACAACCUGGUGUCCACCCUGAAAGUGGCUAAUAUUUUCCCUGAAGGGUUGUUUGUUGACUCCGUUAUUGAGGUCGCUAAGAAGGAGCUGCGCUGGGAGUGUGACUACGUGAGGGAGGUUGAGUGCACCAAGCGUUUCAGGGAGCUGGUGCAGCCGUACCCUCAGUUCUAUGUGCCUGAAGUCAUCCCUGAACUAUGCACACCACAGAUCUUCACCUCCGAGCUCAUUGCCGGCAUCCCCGUAGACAAGUGCAUAGACAUUGAUCAGGAAUCCAAAAAUUACAUCUCCGAGCAAAUCCUUCGUAUCUGUCUCUUGGAGCUGUUCCAGUUUGGCUUUAUGCAGACUGAUCCCAACUGGUCCAAUUUCUUUUAUAAUGCAGAAACAGAGCAAGUUGCACUCCUAGAUUUUGGGGCAUGUCGGGAUUACAGCAAGGAGUUUGUGGAUAAGUACAUUAACCUGAUCUACGGAGCAGCAAUGAAGGACAGAGAGAGGGUGCUCAAAUACUCCCAAGAGCUGGGCUUCUUGACAGGAUAUGAAGCAAAGGUGAUGGUGGAUGCCCACAUAGAUGCUAUCAUGAUCCUGGGAGAGGCAUUCCAAGAGAAGAAACCCUUCCACUUUGGAGACCAGAACACCACCCACAGAAUACAGAAUCUGGUUCCCGUCAUGCUCUCCCACCGCAUGUGUGCACCGCCGGAAGAGUCCUACUCCCUGCACCGUAAAAUGUCUGGGGUGUUCCUGCUGUGCACCAAGUUGAAUGGCACGGUGGAUUGUCACGGUCUUUUUCACGAGAUAUUUAAGAAUUACAAAUUUGGAGGCACUUGGGAAGACUUACAUGCUGGCAGAUUGUAACUGUAAUGGUCUGAAGCAAUCUCAUUUGUCAUGUCCUCAAUGCACCCAGAAGAGAAUAGUAACAACAGUGGUUCCCAGAUCUGCACAAAGGAGAAAUGUAGCUCCACGUGUGAGGUGAGUAAUGUGUGCUGGUUGUGACCCUAGUAAGGGAAAAUGUUUAUGUUGUGUAGAUGUGUAUAUAUCUCUCGUCAGCAUUCAUAGUUUCAGUUAAGUGGAAGCUUAGGUGCAUGCGACUUGUGCAAUAGGCAGGAGCAUUUGAGGGAACGAUUAAUAGAAAGAUCAAGGUUCCACAUGCUGCUUUUUGUAUGAUGUCUUACACUGCAUCCGGUGAGGCAUCCAAAUGGGCUUUGAUAUAUACAGUACAGGAGGUUGAGAAGUUGGAGUGGGUGCCCCUACUAUUUUUUCCUAGAGCACUUGUCAAAAAGAUGGCAUGGGCUUUUUGUAAUUAUUUUUUUAUGCUCCACCCUGCUGCUGUGGGAGUAAGGUCAGGAGUCACUUACAUACAGUGUGUUCUAUUCUUUUUAAGUGGUUAUUAAGGGAUCUCAGUGUAAUGAUUCAAGAUGCGAAUAAGGUCUCCAAAGGCCUCUAACCCGGUGAUGCAAUAUGACUCGACCCUAGAAUGUCUACCAAGCGUCUAAAUGGCUCAGGUUUGAGUCCCGGGCAGGUUGUCGGGAAAAGCAUUUAUUCCUGAGUAGAUUAGUUUUUCAUGUGUUCUAAGAAGUGGCAGAUCCCUCAUUAUAGAAAGUCCUUGCAUUAGAUAACAUUGUGCUCUACUUAUUAUCAUCUGUUGAAAAAUAGAAAAGGUACAGAUGAGAGAUGGUUUUGAUUCUUCACACUGACCUUAACUUAAUAAACACAAGAUGUUUAUGAUCUGCUCUUUGCCUAAUAUCUCAUUUUGUGUUCCUUUUUGAGAACUUUCCAAGGAGGUUACUGUGAAAGAAAAGAAGCCACCUUUGCCUUUUCACGGAAUUCUCGUUUUCUGCAGUCCUCUCAUGCUUACUUGGUGUGUCGUUCCACUUUUUUACUCACUGAUGGACAAAAUUUUUAACUAAAUAAUCCACCACUAUUUGCUGAUGUUGAUCAUCACUAUAAUUAUGUUGUCUAUAUUGUCUGUAUAUGAAUUCAUAUUAAUUAUUGCAGUCAUGUAAAUUUUACUUAUUGUUUCUGUAAUACUUUUUCCUAUAUUCAGUUUGAGGAGUCAGUCAUCAUAGUUACAAGAGCAAUGGUAUUCAUCACAAUCAUGGCCACAAACAACCUUGGGUAGUCAAGUUGUGGGAUGUUUGUGUGUCAUGAAAGGUGUAUAUGUGCCAUAGUGAAGCACACAGUGUCUUAUCUCCACAGCAGGAGGCUGUGUCUAUAAUUUGUGUUGUAUCACAGUGCAAGAAUGGAAGUGUGUCAUGAUGGCACAUGAAACGUCCAACCUUUGGUGUUAGGCCCCCUUCACAUGAGCGGUUCUCUCCCGUGCGGAAGUAUGGCCGCGUGGGUGGGUGUCUUAAAAGGCAUGUCUUCACACGAGCGGUUUUCCUGCGCGGUUCAUCUGCAGCAGUGCACAGAAUACUUGUGAGUUUGUUGAGACUUGUUUGUUUGUUUGUUUGAGAUGGAGGAUGUAAAGAAGAGAGUGAUUUCUUUGUAUUAUAAUGAACAGGGUGUUAAAAAGAAGCAACUAUGUAAAUGGUGGACCCACCCAAUAAACAAACCUAGGCUCCUUUAAAGAGCAUUUUAUACAUUAUAUUCUGACUUUAAAGCUUAUGAAGAAAAGUUUUUCAAUUAUUUCCGCAUGUCAUCUUCUACAUUCGAAGAAUUUGUGAGCAAAAUGAAGCUCUGCCACAGAUUAACCAAGACUGCUGCUCAGGGAAAAACCUCCCGUCUGAAGGAACCCAUAGACUUCUAUAGUAUUCUGAACCGCCUGGCGCCGCACGGGUUAGCAGUGCUUGCGGCCGAUAAACCACUGCCACACGGGAGUGUAAGCUGUGCGGCAGUGUGUGAAAGGCCUCAUUGAACUUCAUUGACUUCUAAACCGUGCUGGAAAACCGUGCAGGAGAAAACUGCUUGUGUGAAGGGGUCCUUAUACAGUGGCCUCAAGCCCUCACCACCAACAGAGACAGAAGUGGAGGCUUCAGGUGAAGUGGGUGGCAGGCCCUGAACUGCUUCUUUUACCAAUAGCCUCUUAAAUGUACAUUCUGUUAUAUAAGUAACAAAAAGACACGGUAUUACUCCAC